AUGUCUUACAACAACUGCUGCUCUGGAAACUAUAGCUUUCACACCCUUGGGAAUUCCUGCCAUGAUCCUGUCACCUCACCCGAUGUUCUCUGCCCCACUGAGGUGGGCUGUGAAGAUGCCCUCUGCAGCCUGGGCAGCAACACAAUCCAUGUCAACUGCCAUGAGCCCUGUGGUGAACCCAUGUGCUGCAGAUCAACCAGUUGUGACAAUAGUCCCUGCAGCGCUUUUGGCUGUUCUCUGAUUGGUUCUGAUAUAUCAAGAUCCCGUCAAGGAAUUGGCCGUCUUCCUCUCACAUCCCAUGGUUCCAGUUGCUGCCCCCAGAACUGUGUCUCCUAUGGCUGUCAUAUAUUGAGCUUCAUCUCCUGUGACUGCUGACCACUGAAUUUUGUGACCAGCUCCUGUCAUCAUUUGAGUUACCUCUCCUGUGGCAGUCAACCUCUGGGUUAUGUGCCCAGUAGCUUCAGGCCCCUGAACUGUGGAUCUAAUCGUUUUCAACUCUUCCCCAACAUGUACAACAGUUUCCAACCAGCUUGUUCUUCCUUUGGAGGCUGGUAA